UCACUCGACGGACCGCAAUUGAAGACGGACUGCAGGGGGAAACAUUUACCCGACAUGACAUCCCAGACUGCAAGAGACUUCUGCAAGGUUUAUCUCUGCAUUGUUGUUAACAGCCCACCAUUGAGCGAUCGGGCUUGCAUUUUGUGAAAUGAGCAUAGCUAGUAAGGUAACCAACUAAACAUGAAACAACUUUGGAAUUUAACUCAACUGUUGUUAACUCAACCCAAAUGUCGGAUACCUGUCAGGUGUUUGCAAGUCAGAUUGUGCUGUAAAUCAAACAGCAGUGUAAUUAGUGUACGUGAAAAACAAAGAAGAUCGGAUCAUUUUAAGACUGAAAUAUCCUCAGGUCCAAAUUUUCACGAUUUCAUCCGAGGACUUACUGGUAAUAAAAAAACGACUUUAGACAACGAUGUGGAAUACAAACACAAUUAUCUUUCUGCUGACUUGGAGCUGGGGAAUUCACGAAAGGUCUAUUUCGAAACCUACGGAUGUCAAAUGAAUGUAAAUGACACAGAUAUUGCUUGGUCCAUACUACAGAGGAGUGGAUAUCAACGCACGGCACAAUUACGCGAGGCAGAUGUGGUGCUUCUUGUAACUUGCUCUAUCAGAGAAAAAGCCGAACAAACAAUCUGGAACAGAUUACAAGAAUUGACCGCCAUGAAGAAUAGGCGCCAAAAGAGUCGAACACCAAUGAAAAUCGGCAUCUUAGGUUGCAUGGCAGAGAGACUGAAGACGAAGCUUUUGGAACGAGAGAAGCUUGUUGAUGUCCUUGCUGGGCCUGACGCCUACCGGGAUCUUCCUCGCCUGUUGACGGUGGCCGAGGGAGGCCAACAGGCGAGCAAUGUGCUGCUUUCAUUAGAGGAGACCUAUGCUGACAUCAUGCCUGUCCACCACACUGCUCAGGGACACAGUGCCUUUGUGUCCAUCAUGCGGGGUUGUGACAACAUGUGCAGCUAUUGCAUUGUUCCCUUCACCCGGGGCCGCGAAAGGAGUCGACCUGCCAGCUCCAUCCUUGAGGAAGUCCGCAUCCUCUCCGACCAGGGAGUGAAGGAAGUGACAUUGCUGGGUCAGAAUGUGAACAGCUACAGAGACGCUUCUGAAGAACAGUUCUGCGGUGCGAUUCCGACCAAGCUGAGCCGCGGCUUUAAGACUGUGUACCGCCCAAAACUGGGAGGUAUGCGUUUCUCCGACUUGCUGGACAGAGUGUCACAGGUGGAUCCCAACAUGAGGAUCCGAUUCACAUCACCCCAUCCGAAAGACUUUCCUGAUGAGGUCCUGCAUCUGAUCGCGGAGAGAGAAAACAUUUGCAAACAGAUCCAUCUUCCGGCUCAAAGCGGAAGCGGUCAAGUCUUGAAAGCCAUGCGCCGUGGGUACACCAGAGAGUCAUACCUUGAAUUGGUACAAAACAUCAGGACUAUCAUUCAAGACGUAAGUCUCAGCAGUGACUUCAUCUCGGGCUUUUGUGGCGAGACAGAAGAGGAUCACCAGCAGACCUUGUCUCUCAUCAGAGAAGUAGGCUACAACAUUGGGUUCCUUUUUGCCUAUAGUAUGAGAAAAAAAACACAUGCAUUCCACAACCUUGAAGAUGACGUGCCAGCGGACGUGAAGCAACGCAGACUGCAGGAGUGCAUCAGCGUGUUUAGACAGGAAGCUGCCAGGCUCAACGCCACUCUUAUUGGCAGCACGCAAUUAGUCCUGGUGGAAGGGGAGAGUAAGAGAUCUGCCAAGGAGCUGUGUGGGCGAACGGAUGGCAAUAUGAGGGUGAACUUCCCCCGAGAGGAUGUUGCUGUUGGUCCAGCAGAGUCCAACACGGCUGCAGUCAACGCUGGAGACUACGUGCUAGUGGAGAUCACGUCAGCCAGCUCGCAGAGUUUGCGAGGUCAGGCCUUGUCACAGACGUCCCUCGACCCAGUCAGCACUUCAGUGCAGCAAUUAAGUCGAUGAACAUUUGCCUCGCCGUCCACGUCGAGCAUGUGCCCUUGACUGACACUUUUGACAGCUCAGGAAGCAAACGACAGUAUGUCAAAAUAUCGUCUUUUUGCCAAGGUAUUUCAACCAUCUUUGUCACUUUGGAUCACUGUGUCAAUGUUGAGCCUGCAACGUUACUAAAAUGAACAAAUUCACCAAAUUAUGGUAAAUGUGUUCAAGUGUCUCGAUUAUAAAUCUAUUUGUUUUGUGUUAAUUAAGUUUCUAAAGUUGUGCAGAUGGCGAGUGAAUGGCUCUGAGCUUCUUGUCCCAUUUUAUUUGUGAUUUAUUUAGCAUGUUAUUAAAAUACAACAAAGACGAUUCCCAUGUGAGAGGCACAGACUGUCCCGCACGCUGUUUGGAUGACACAAUGCUGAAGGGGGAAAAAACCCCAACACAUCCCUCAUUUACAUUUCAUUUGCAAAGCAAAGAAAACAUGCAAUAAUUAACUUUGACAAAGAGAAAUUGUCACAAAAGUUUGAAUAAUAAUAUUGGUUUGAUUUGCAGGCUGGAGAUGAGUUUUAGCUCGGAGUCAUUUAAAUGUAAUAUUUGUUGUCAUUGUUCCUCCAUAGA